CUGACUGGACUUGGAAACUUGUAAGACGGGGUCGUUGAUGACUCUGGAAUACCUGGACACCAUUCAUUUCAGACUUUUCGGUAUUUAAUGUUACUCGGUUUUAGAUUUCUGUACAUUUCUGUAUAAUCAUGGAUAGCUUCUGUGCAAACCUAUUCAAGCCUACCAGCUAUCGCUUCCUCGUCAAAAAUGUUGCUCACUACUUGCUCUUUGUUAUUCUGGCAUCUUCAUAUCUGCACACUACUAAACUGUGUGUGGGAGAUGGACUUCCGAGUGGUGUGAGAUCAUCAUCAUGCAUCGAGGAAGAGAGACGAGCGCUUCUCAGCUUCAAAGGAGAUGUUACUGAUCGUUCCGGCAGGCUUUCUUCUUGGGUGGGUCAGGAUUGCUGCCGCUGGAAAGGGAUUUCGUGCAACAACCGUACAGGUCAUGUUGCAAGGAUGGACCUCCGAAACCCGAAGUAUGAUCACGGCUUCUACGGGGAGACUUCUUUGGGGGGUAAGAUUAAUCCUUCUUUGCUUAUCUUGAAGAACUUACGUUACCUUGAUCUAAGUGGAAACUAUUUUUAUGGACGUCAAAUUCCUAACUUCUUUGGGAAGCUUCAAAGUUUGAGGUAUCUCAAUCUCUCAUACAAUUCAUUUGUGGGAGAGAUUCCCCCAUCUCUUGGUAACCUCUCAAACUUGAACUAUCUUGACCUCAGUACUAAUAAUGUUGAUGAUCUUUCUUCCAAAAAUUUGAAUUGGCUUUCUCACCUCUCUUCCCUAAAGUAUCUCAAUCUUGGAGGUGUGAACCUUAGCAGCACAGGAGUGAGUUGGCUACAUGAUGUCACCAUGCUUCCUUCACUCUUAGAGUUGCAUUUGUCUGAUUGCCAAAUUCAAAACCUUCCACACUCCCAGCUGCCGUCGGUGAACUUCACAUCCCGCCUAUCGGUUCUUGAUAUAUCAGAUAAUCAUAUUAAUUCUUCAUUUCCCAGCUGGUUUUUUAAUCUUACCAACCUCAAAAGACUUGAUGCAUCUUCCAAUUUGUUCGGGCCCUUCCCUGUUGAAUUUGCAAACCUCAAGUCUUUGGAAGACCUUGAUUUGAGUGGAAAUUUUCUCGGGGAUAAUAGAUCUUUCGGUCAAAUUCCCAAAGUCAUUGGUACUUUGUGCAGCCUAAGGAUAUUAGAUCUUAGGGGGAACUCAUUCAAUGGUAGUUUGGAAAAUUUUUUGAAUGGUUUCUCAAAUGGUACAAGUUAUAGAUUAGGACUGCUGGAAAAUCUGAAGGAACUUGACCUCAGUUUGAACCAUUUUUUUGGUUCAAUUCCACAAUCUAUUAGUAAUUUAUCAUCCCUGGAAAAACUGGACAUCUCGGAUAAUAAUUUCAAUGGGUCCAUUCCUGAAAGUUUGGGACAACUCUCUCAGCUAGUUCACCUCGAUCUAUCUGAGAAUUCGUUGGAAGGCAAUCUAAAUGAAGCCCAUUUCCGAACUCUCACAAAGUUGGAGUCUUUUGCAGUCUGUAGCAAAUACGGGUUCAUGACUGGGUCCCUCAUUUUUAACAUGGCUCAUGACUGGGUUCCUCCUUUCCAACUUAAUUCAAUCGACAUUGCCGACUGCAGAGUAGGUCCUGCCUUUGGGGUAUGGCUUCAGUCUCAAACUGAAUUAACGGAAGUCACGCUUCGUAAUACUUCAAUCUCAGAUUUCAUACCAGAGGAAUGGUUCUUGAAGAUAUCUUUCCAACUCACAUGGCUGGAUUUAUCUAACAACCAAAUUCGUGGAAAGCUUCCAUUUCACAUGACCUCCCCGUCCUUGGAGAAUAUAGAUUUGAGUCGUAAUCAAUUUGAGGGCCCUCUUCCACAUUGGUCUAGCGAUGCUGCCAAAUAUCUCGAUCUUCAAAGCAAUUUAUUUUCCGGGCCGAUUCCCUCAAAUUCUGAUCAAUUGUUGCCUAAAUUGUGGGAAUUGUAUCUAUCUGACAAUCAUCUGAAUGGUAGUCUACCACCCUCUUUGUGCAACAUGUCAAGUUUAAAUACCCUUAUGUUAAGAAGCAAUCACUUGUCUGGAGAAUUCCCACGAGCCUGGAGUCUGUGGCCAUAUUUACAAAUUGUAGAUGUCUCAGACAACAAUUUGUCUGGCAAUUUCUCCAGUUCAAUGGGUGUUCCAAGCUUACUAAUGGUAUUGGAUCUGAGCAAAAACAAUUUCGGGGGUCAAAUUCCUUCUUCUCUAUUCCAAAACUGCAGCGAGUUGUGGAGUAUUGAUCUUGGAGGCAAUAGAUUUACUGGAAGCAUACCUUUACAGACAGGAUCAAAUGUAUCAUCUGAAUUGCAUAGGCUAAGAUUACGAUCCAACUCUUUAAGCGGACAUAUCCCCAAUCGAUUGUGCUCUCUUCAAUAUCUUCAUAUCAUAGACCUUGGCCACAACAACUUUUCAGGGACCAUUCCCAAGUGUUUGUAUAAUCUGACUGCUUUGGCCUACCGUAAUUACAGUAGGUACGGUUUUGAAAAUUAUCUUGAGACGGCCAGCUUGACAUUGAAGGGACAAGAACUCGCAUAUAACACCACUCUGGAUUUGGUGAAAAGCAUUGAUUUCUCAUCAAACAACUUAGAAGGUGAAAUCCCUGACGAAGUAAGCAGCCUCAUUGGAUUGGGCACGUUGAACUUGUCAAGAAAUCAACUGACUGGAAACAUUCCCUCAAAGAUUGGAAACAUGCAAUUGCUGGAAACUCUUGAUCUCUCACACAAUCACCUCUCCGGGCAUAUUCCUCAGAGUUUAUCUUCAUUAACCCUUUUGGCUCACCUGAACUUGUCUUUCAACAACUUGUCCGGAAGAAUUCCUUCAGGCAACCAACUUCAAACACUCAAUGAUUCAUCCAUUUACGAAGGCAAUCCAUCCUUGUGUGGGGUCCCUCUUUCAACUGUCUGCCCGGGAGAUGGCCCUGACGAUGGUGAUCAUAAUGAUGAUGAUAAUGAUGAGAAUGGGAAGUUUGGUAUCGUUGUUAGCGCUGUCCUCGGCUUCAUCAUAGGCUUCUGGAGUGUCUGUGGCACAUUGGUUAUGAAGAAAUCAUGGAGGUAUGCCUAUUUUCGAUUCUUUGAUGACAUAAAGGAGAAGGCAGCAUUAGCAAUUGCAUUGAGAGUGGCUCGUUGGCAAAGGAGGACUUGAUUGGAAAAGGAAAAUUAAAGAAUAAAAUGCACUGAAGGUGGUCUAUAUGGGGCAUUUGUGGCUUUCUAGAAAGGGUACGUUGUGUCUCUUUUGGUUCAGGUGCUCUCCAUGACACUGCCCUUUGGAGCUGUUUGUGGCGCUGGUGAAGAUGACGGUCAGUAUUGUUGGGGUUUGCUGUGUUCUCUUUAUUGUUGUAAUCAAUAAUUAAGUGUUUAAUAGUGUCAUGUAAUCAAUAAUUAAGCAUGUAUCAUGUGUCAAAUUAUUCAAGCAACUUUGAUGCUAAAUAAUACCUUGCUGGAAGUGUGUAUCCACGUUCGAUGCAUUUGAAACUUGUAAAAGGACUGUUUGUUUUCAGUAAUCAAUCCCUUUGCUUUGUUUGUUUUGCUGUCUUUAUUUAAUCCCAAUCAGCUCCAGCUCCCACCUCUGCUCUCUCCACCGUCUACACCCCCCGCUCCCUAGCCCAAUCCUACCUCUCCGACCAGGCCCACGCUACUUUUCUGGGUCGGACCCUCUCUCCACUUCCUCCAUGUACCUCGCCGGCACCGAUGGCCUCGGCCGCUAGAGCGACGUCGUAUAUGAUGUCCUCCUGGCCCUCCCCGGAUGCCGAACCCGGCCCGCCCGGCUUCAAACGCACCUCUGAAGUAUUAUAUGAAGAUUGGGAAUGUAAGUAUGGUGCACAAUGCAGAUUCCAUCACCCGAUUGAUAGGCCAGCAGUGGCGUUGUCAACAACAAAGCUAUCUCAACAAGAAAAUGUGAAGCUAACGCUUGCUGGACUACCUAGGAGGGAGGGUGCCGUUAUCUGUGUGUAUUACCUUAAAACCGGCACAUGCAAGUAUGGUGCAACCUGCAGAUUUGACCACCCAUCUCCUGUUUAAGUUGUAGCAAUGGCAGCUUCACAAGCAAAAUCUAUUUCUACUGGAGGGAAAGCAUAAGCAGCUGAAUCCACACAGGAACAGCAGCAGUAGGUCCCUAGCUAGAAUGAAGAAGUGAUGAGGCCUCGAAGGAGGUCUAUGGCAAAAGUAUUGCCAUCUGCAAUCAUGGUUUAUAAAUUCCCCAAUCAGCCAUUCUUUAUGCUCUGCGUAUAAGGUGCAAGUGUUGACCGAUUCGAUAACAUGAGAACAAGACAUUACCUUACAUUGCCCAGUCAAAUUCCCUCGAUUCAAAAGACCAGUUUCCAUUUUACAUCGAGAUUGACUCUGUACCGCCACCGCCACGUGCUCCUCCAACCCUGGAUAAGCAAAGAGAGGGUUCGGAUUUGCAGACGCUGCUCCGGAGAUUCUGGAAGAGAGGCGGUGCCGUACUGGUCCUCCGACGACAAGGUCCAGGUCAGGAUGCAGCUGGGAGGAGUCUUCCUUCUCAUCUCGCCACCACCGGGAUCAGCGUCGGCUUCAAUUUUCUGGGUCGGGACUUCCACAAUGCCCUUGCCAAUAAGGACCAAGAGCAGUUCAUGAAGCAACUGCUUUACUACCUGGGUGCCUUUGCUGGUGGAAUUCCGGUGAGCACCAAUCGCUGCUCUUUCGCUUAGAUUUUUGUGUUGCGGAAUUAUGCAAGAGAAACUCUUUCUUUGAGGUGGAGAUCUUGGAUGGAGCGUUAUUACAUUGACCAUUACCUGAGCAACCAAACAUUUUACUGAAUUCAAUCCCAAUCAAUCAUUGAUAAUCCAGAUCAGCAAAUUGUUGAUGAUCUAAGUUCUUUCACGGGGACAGCCCUGUCAUUCUCUUUAACACUAUUCAAUGCUGUGAUAGAUCUCAUAUCAUUCAGUAACAUAUUAUUUGGUAUCUAUCCUCCGCUGUUUGUUGUUCUUCUAGUAUAUUCGAUUGGUGUAACAGUGAUCAGUUUCUUUAUUGGAAGGAUAAGUAUCUGUAACUCAUUUAGCAAAAAUUUGUUCCCAUCAUUAUGCAAUGGUAUCUCUGGCAAUAAGGAAUGAUGCCAACUUGAUUCGACUUUGUUCUCAGGGUUUGGUGACAUUAAACUUCCUACAAGAGAAAAAGGAAGCAGAUUUUCGUUAUGGACUUGUGCACGUUCGAGAAAAUGCUGAAUCAAUAGCUUUCUAUAGUGGUGAAGACAAUGAAAUGCAACUUUUGCUGCAAUGCUUCAAAAGUGCUUUUGAGAAUCUAACUGUAAAUUUGAUGAUUAUUUGUAUAGCAGCUCUUUGGGGAUGGGCACUAGUUAACACUUCUUUUGAUUUUUAACUAGUGUUCAUUUGAUUUUUUGUUUGUGGGUUUUUGGUGGAACUUUGGAAUGGUGAUGAUGUGAAGAUAAGGACCAGGAGCAAUUCACGAAGCAACUGCUUUACUACCUGGGUGCCUUUGCUGGUGGAAUUCCGGUGAGCACCAAUCGCUGCUCUUUCGCCUAAUUAGUAUUAUAUGAAGACUGGAGAAUGUAAGUAUGGUGCACAAUGCAGAUUCCAUCACCCAAUUGAUAGGCCAGCAGUGGCAUUGUCAACAACAAAGCCAUCUCAACAAGAAAAUGUGAAGCUAACGCUUGCUGGACUACCUAGGAGAGAGGGUGCCGUUAUCUAUGUGUAUUACCUUAAAACCGGCGCUUGCAAGUAUGGUGCAACCUGCAGAUUUGACCACCCACCUCCUGGCGAAGUUGUAGCAAUGGCAGCUUCACAAGGAAAAUCUGAUUCUACCGGAGGGAAAGCAUAAGCAACUGAAUGCACAAAGGAACAGCAGCAGUAGGUCCCUAGCUAGAAUGAAGAAGUGAUGAGGCCUCGAAGGAGGUCUAUGGCAAAAUUAUUGCCAUCUGCCAUGGUCUAUUUCAGUAUUUUGUACUAUGUUUCUGAGCCAUCAUGGUUUAUAAAUUGCCCAAUCAGCCAUUCUUUAUGCUCUGCGUAUAAGGUGCAAGUGUUGACCGAUUGGAUAACAUGAGGUAUUUUGUUCUCCUGUAUUAAGUGAGUCUAUGCAUGUACUUUGUAUCAGAGUGAUGAGUUUCAGUGCUAUGGUUUUAUGAAAGUUUGCUCUUCCCUCUGCUUCUUCCUUC